AUGACUCAAGGGACCGAAGAGAAGACCUAUAGCGAGGUGGAGUUUCUGACGAUUGAUGGCCUCAAGCUCAGAGGGCGGCUCUAUCUGGGCGAACCCAAGGGCCCGGCGUUGGUCAUGGCUCACGGGUUCAACGCAGUCAAAGAAAUCGUCAUCCCGUGGGCGGCCGAAGUCUUCCAGAAGAAUGGGAUCAGCGUGCUGCUCUUUGACCCUCGCAACUACGGCGAGAGCGAAGGCAUGCCCCGCCAGGAGGUCGACCCGGAGAAGCAGAUCGAGGAUUACUUCGAUGCCGUGACCUUUCUGCGGCAGCAGCCGGACAUCAACCCGGAAGCCAUCGGGCUGUGGGGGGUAUCGACCAGCGGAGCCACCGCCAUCGGGGCAGCCUGCUUCGACAAGCGAGUGCGAUUCAUCAUCUCGGUGUGUCCGCUCAUCGAGGCAACCUUCCGCGAGGAGAUGGUUCAAGAUGUGAUGGCGCAGAUUAUCCGCGAGCGCGAGGCCUUCGUGGCGGCGCGCACCACGGGCCAGCAGUCGCCCCAGCCGACUCUCGUGCCCAUGAUCGACAAGGUGGGCGUCAGUCCAAUGGGCUUCAAUGCCAUCCACGGCAAGAAUUUCUACGAGGAGAUGCCGUGGUUCAAGGAGACGGCGCCCAACUUCCGGCCACACACCACCCUCCUCACCUACUACAAGAUGCUGCGCUGGCAUCCCCUCAGCAACAUCCAAUUCCUCAGUCCCACCCCGAUUCAGAUGCUGAUCCCCGGCAAGGAUGAUGUGUGCCCCACGCAGGAGCAGCUAGACUUCUUCGAGACCAUCCCGGGUCCCAAGCGGAUGGAGUAUUACGAGGAUCGCAGCCAUCAUGGUCUGUUGCUGGGCUCUGCCUUUGAGGGCGUCAUGGAGGCGCAGGUGCGCUUCGUCCGGGACGUGCUCGCAGGGCAAUUCGCGGUGAAGAGCGGAAGUCAGUGA